CUGGCUAAGAAAUUUGCUUACACAAAUUGACAUGUUAGCUCGAUCAUGAAAAUGUUGAUUCAGGACGUUCAUGUCCAUGAAUGAUGGGCUCCUACUCUUCCAACUACUUGCGUUUACUUUCUUACACAAAGCUUCUGACUUCUCAUGUGAAUGAAGCCCGCCACGAGAAGGCACUUUCACUCUUCCGCCAUAUCCGUGCCACCCUUCCCCUUGACCCUUUCGUCUUUCCGCUAGUCCUCAAGUCAUGCGCCGCCCUCCGCCGCCCCUUCCUUGGCGCUGCCCUUCAUGCCCAUCUGCACAAAGUGAAUUUCAUAUCCAACCCGUUCGUAGCGUGUGCGCUUGUGGACAUGUACGGGAAAUGCGUCUCGAUUGCCCAUGCCCACCAACUGUUUGAUGAGGUUCCCGUGAGAAAUAUAGUUGUUUGGAACUCGAUGAUUUCGCUUUACACCCAUGCUGGGAAUAUGCCAGCUGCGUUGGAGUUGCUCCGUGUUAUGGAUAUUUUGCCAAAUGAGUCCACUUUCAACUGCAUUAUAGCUGGGCUUUUGGACACGGAGGAUGGGUUUUCUAAGGCCAUAGUUAUUUAUAGAAAGAUGCAGAGGAUGGCUCUGAAACCGACUUUGAUUACAGUUCUUGCAUUAUUACGUGCUUCUGUGGGAAUAGCGGCAUUGAAUUUGACCAAAGAAAUUCAUGGUUUUUCAAUAAGGAAUGACAUUGAUCCACACCCGCAAUUGAGGAGUGGACUAGUGGAGGCCUAUGGUAGGUGUGGUUGCCUUGGCAAUGCGCGUACUGUGUUUUGGAGUAUGAGAGAAAAGGAUGUAGUUGCAUGGAGCAGCUUGAUUUCAGCUUAUGCACUACAUGGAGAGGCGAGAAUUGCACUCGAAAUUUUUGAUCAAAUGGAAAUGGCAAACAUAAAGCCAGAUGGGAUCACUUUUCUUGUGGUGUUGAAAGCUUGUAGCCACGCAGGUUUAGCUGACGAAGCAAGAAUGCAUUUUUCUCGCAUGCAAGAUCGUUAUGGUGUGGAAGCAACUAGUGAUCAUUACGCUUGCUUAGUGGAUGUCUUGAGUAGGGCAGGCAAAUUAUACGAGGCAUAUGAUGUUAUCAAGCAAAUGCCUGUAAAGGUGACUGCAAAAGCUUGGGGAGCACUUCUGACAGCUUGCCGAACAUAUGGAGAAGUAGAGCUAGCAGAAGUUGCUGCAAAAGCGUUAUUUGAAAUAGAAUCUGACAAUCCUGCUAACUUUGUUGCAUUAGCAAGAAUUUAUGCUAGCAAGGGUCGGUACGAGGAAACACAGAAACUAAGACGAGAAAUGAAAGAGAGGGGUGUUAGAACAGCUCCUGGUAGCAGUUGGGUUGUACAUCAAGAUUCAGUAUGAGCACAUGUCAAACAUGCCAUCCUUACAAAUAUUUGAUGAGACUUAUAUGGUAAAGUUUUGCAGAAGGGAUGCUCAGGAAAGUCAAGCUGGAACAUUGCUCAAGAACCAAGCAUUCUAGUAUGGGGCAUCCAGCUAGAAUACCAUUAACCAUGUCAUCACUUAGUACAAAUUGCCUGAGAGAUAGCUUUCUGAGUGAUUUCCAGGAAAGUUGCACUCCAUGCAUCUUGAAAGAACAGAAGUUCAACUUCAGCUCGGUGAACGUUUCAUUGUUGAAGAAAUGACGAGGCAUCGCAUAGGGAACAUCUCGUCCAACAGUAUAGGUACACCUGUCUGUGAAAUCUAAAUGAAGCACUUCCACACUUUUCCUUGUUGCAAAGCGGAUCCAUGCAUCAACAUGAGAAGCAAACUUUUCCUUGUAGUAGAAUCUGAUAGAAAACUUAGAGAUGCAUUGACCUUCAUGUAGAAGAAGGGCGCGGUGCACAGAAGUUAUGAAAUUCUUUGGCGUCUUCUGUUCUGAUGGUAGAUGGAAUUUCAGAUUAGACACAGAGGUCCAUAACCGGUCCCACCUUCUUGAGAGGGUGCUUGUCUUGAUGGCAUCUCUGGUAGGCAAAAGUGAUAGUAUGAGAAGAAGAAUGGAAUCUGGUAGUACACUCAGCCUGUCUUCAUUGCCUUUUUCUUGAUCCCUUAAAGUUCUGCAUCUCUUGGCAUCCAUUUUGCAGGCUUUUCAACAUACAAUGAUGGCUAAGGCAGAGAGAAUCAGGGAACAACCUUGUGAACAAAUAAAGAGGUUUUCACUUUUCCCACAUGCUUUGUUCUAAAACUCCUUGAUUGAUAUGAUCAAGGCUUGAUGAUAUCAUGAUUUUGUUCUCAUAUGGUUAAUGUUUUAGUUGCCUUUAUUUUGGACUGAGGGAUAAUUCCUCAGCAUAAAAUAGGUGAAUUCCUUAUUCCAUCAACUGUUCCAGCCGGCUGAUGAUUCCCCCCUCUAAAGACUGACAAAUUCUGCCUAACAAUGAUAAAUGUUAGAAUGAUUUUGGAGGUGUAUGGUAAAUAGCUAUUAGCUGA